AUGCAGACCGCCGCGGACGACGUGAGCACGGAGUCGUCGCUCCAGAGCCACACGGCGGCCCCGGGUAAGGACGCGCAGACAGAGAGAGACCGCGAGGGCCCCCCCGCGGCCAACUGCGCGCAGCUGCUGUUGUUCGAGGGCUUCCACUUCGGCAGGGUGCUCGGCGCGAGCCAUGGCACCCACUUCGAGGUGGUGUCCGCUACGAACGGGCGGGACCACGUCGCGGUCAAGCGGAUCUCGGACAAGGGAGAACCACCUGCAAUCCCGCAGUGCGCGCGGCCUUGCUGCACGAGUUCAACAUCCUGA